UUUACAGUGCGCUUUCGGUGCAGUUUGUCCCUGCAGAAAUCACAUGCGGAAGUGGUGGUCGUCCAUGCUGGUGAAAAUAGGCUCUGUUGUUGGUGGUUGCUAACUAUGAUCUUUGAGUUUACUGUAUAAAUACCUAGCUGCAUUUUACACGCAUAGUGUAGUUAAAUUCAAGUCCAUUAUGGCUGGAAGUCGACUUGAAAAAUUCGGGACCGUGUUCACGCGAGUCAGAGAUCUUAUGCGAUCUGGAGUUGUCAAACAGUCUGACAAGCCCAUUUGGUAUGAUGUAUACAAGACCUUUCCACCCAUGAAGGACCCACUUUAUGUCAGACCAGUGGCCAAGAGAUAUGGGAAGAAAGAAGAGGCUGUGCCAGACAUCUUCUACAGAGAGGAUGAAAUCAGAGCUUUUUGUAGGUUUGUGGAGAAGUACACAGAGUUCGAGAGCCAGGGAGAGCUGGAGAAACAGUCCCUGUUUGAGGAGACUGGGAAGGCUCUCCUUGCUGAGGGCUUGGGGUUGAGGAGGAGGGGUAUUCCUGCGGUGGCGUCAGAGACCAGGAAUCCAGUGUUGGGCAUGAAGCUGACAGACAUGCUGGCAGAACAGCAGGCAGAUGCACCUGGCGGAACACGGGUACCAGGAAAAGAGAAGCCAACACAAGCAACAUUGAAUCCACAGUAGGCCUCUGCAGCAUGGCUUCAACCACACUCUUCACCUAGAUGGAACCAAUCAUCCACCUCCACUGACUAAAAAGGGGACAUUCAGUAUCUGUCCAACACUAGACAUACUCCUCAGUCCAGACUUUCUGAACAAUGUGGAUUAACAAGAAAGACUACUUGUUAUGGGUGUGCCUGGGCAGCUUUCACGACCGUCCGUCUUGACUGCAGGGUUUUGUGUGGUGGUGUGUAGGAGUCCAAGUUAUUGUACAUUUUUGGGCUGGAAACUUGUAAGAUUGAUGUUCUGCAUAAGGCUGUAAAUGUAUAUUGUGUGUGUACAUACAUGCACUGUACGUCCAACUGGUUACGUUGCAGUCUGUUUUCAGACUUACGACAGGCCACCCCUGUUGAUAUGAUAUGAUGAUCAAUUAGCAUUGUGAGUGAUCGGUAAAGUAACUCUAUAUUCUAGAAUGAGGCCUCUUUUCCUUUUUUCCUCUACCGCUCAUCUGUAAUGUUUCCAUCACGCUGCAGAACAUUCAUGCAAGACAAGCAGGCUGUGAGUGAAAGUUGAUAUUGCAUUCUCCAUUUGCUGCUGUGACAGUGUAAUUCGGUAGUGCCUGCCUGCCUGAGCAUCUGGAAUGAAAUGGAGAUAUUAAUGCCGUAUUGCUUCACAGAGAAAUAUCACUGAUCACAUAACCACAUCAGCCGACUGGAGAUGAGAAUGUGAGUAAAGAAGCAUCACAGGUGCCAUAUUAAAAGAAAUGCAAGGUAACAUCUGUGGAAGGUAUUCCACCAGAUAGGAAAGGUUUGACAUCAACACCUAUACACUGAAUGAUUAAGAAUUAAACUGUACAAAACUAUAUUUUAUGUUAGUGUCUACUGCCACAAUUCAAAUAAGCCCCGCGCCAACAUUGCAUCCUGUUCUGAACAUAAUCUUGGCAUAUAUGUAUUUUUCAAUACGUAUCUCAAACUACCAGAAUAACAUUAAACAGUAACCAGUUAUUAUAACUUCUGCAGGUUACCCUUUCUCUUCUCUCUAAUCAGGAUAAUCAUCCUUCUUCCUGUUCUCACCACUUGUAGAGGCAUUGAUCCACUAUAUGACCUAGCAGCCCUGCAGUUCAACUGCCAUUUGAAAAUAAAUCUAAAGAGGGCUUAUAUCUAGAGCCUUGGCUUUAAUGUGGAA